CAUGCGAGUAGGACGUACGACCGAUCAACCAUUUUGGUCCCGAACCGUUUUUUGAGCGACACAAACAGAAACAGUCGCCGACUGAACGUAACCAUAAAUCAAACCGAUCACGAAUCGUCCGUCCGAUUGGUAUUUUCGCAUAAAUUUCGUAGCGCAGACGGCCGUUUUUGAUGGCCAAAGUCCGUAACGUCGUAUGCUUUCACCGUUCCAGAUGAGUGUGUAGUGCGUAAACGGUGUAAUGUGACAUAUUCGCCCCCGCCCCCCCGAGAUUUGUGUUAUUUUUUUUUUCAUUUUUGAUUCCGCAUAUUGUGCGUAAAGUGGUGGCGGUGUGUGCACCGAUUUUUCGGGAGAGUUGCGAGCUGGUGUCGGUUCUCUCUGCUGCUGCCGCACGAACAGAGUGGGUAAUCGAUAGAGUUGCGGCGUUGCCGGACCCACACAAUCUCGCCUAUCAAUUUGACGGCGCUGUUUUUACCACCAGGAUAUAAAUCCCCUUUGCGUUGGCUAAAUCGGAGGACAUCAGCGUCACCAUCAACAUUGCCAGGCACAGCCCAUCAUCGACAUCGGCGGUGGCAGCGGCGGCGACGGCAAGAACACCUGUGCAGCGGGAAGAGUUGCGUCCAUCGUCUGGGAGAACACGUUUGGUACAAGAGGGGAAUGGUGUACCUGUUGGCGGACUGGGGUAUGGGAGAUUCUGAAAUCCGCAGCCGAAAUUAUGCGGAAACAACAGGCAGCAGGAAUGCGGAGUUGCUUAUGGUGCGCGGAGAACAAAAUGACGACAGCGACGAGGUCGAUCUGCAUCCGCUCAGCAACCAAGUUGGGGGCCACACAAGACUAAUGGUGUUAAAUCCAAGUACAAUUUGCAAACCCCUAAACUUCAGAGAAUUAGACUUCUACCAGAAUAUUCAAGACCAAGAUAUCAAAUCAUUUGUACCUAAAUAUAAAGGAGUAAUGCAGGCAACAUUGUGUAGUGGUGGAAAAUUGGAAAAACGGUACAGUCCAAGUUUCAGGGAUGACACCACAAGGAGUAAAAGUGACAGGAAAAGGAAACGUGAGGAUGUCUUAAAAAUGAGAAUCCACCACACAGGGAAUCCAAAGGACGUGAUAAAAAGUAUAUCACAAUCAGACAAUACCAACAAGCAAUAUUUCCUCAUGCUGGAGAACAUCACGUCCCAUUACACCCACCCGUGCAUCUUGGACCUAAAAAUGGGCACCAGGCAGCACGGAGAUGAUGCUUCAGCGGAAAAAAGAUCGAAACAGAUGGCAAAAUGUGCGGCGAGCACGUCCGCCUCUCUGGGAGUGCGGCUUUGCGGCAUGCAGGUGUACCAGGCUGACUCGGAUGUGUAUCUGAAGAAGGACAAAUACUGGGGUCGCGAGCUGAACGAGGACGGAUUCAAGAACGCGUUGUGCAAAUUUUUCGAUAACGGUUUCGGACUGCGCGUCUCCGUCAUCCGGAAGGUGAUCACCAAACUGGAGCAGCUGCGGCGAGUUAUCGAGAGGCAAAGCUGCUACAGAUUUUAUUCGUGUUCAUUAUUAAUAGUGUACGAAGGAAACGGCGGCAUACCUCUGUUAACAGUCACCAAACCCGACACAUGCUGUGGCAGCGCUUUAGACCAGUUCUAUUGCGAAAACGACUGCACUAGGGAGUCGGAAGACAACAGCCGAGACAUGACCUGCUGUUACGACGCCGACACCAGCAACUCUUCCACAGAUUUCAACUCCAGUCACGAUGAAGUGUCGCAGGACUCUCAUCACCGAGGCUUCGGCGAGGCGGCGGCGAGGGGAGCGAAGGGCGGCGCCUUCUAUCCCAUUUCGGAGGAGACUCUGGACUCGCCGCCGACCAUGCCCAGCAUCUCCACAUCCAGUCCGAUGUCCGUCGACAGUUGGAUGAUGUAUUCGAACAGCAGCAGCGACGAGUACUCGUUACCCGGUCACAUGAACGGCGCCAGCUCCAACGACGACACCUCGGACUUCGAGUCGACGUCGCCCCAUAAGACGAAACGCAACUGCACGGGUCAGUUUUCGGAACAGGAACUGGAGGACGAAGAGGACGAGGAACUGAGUCCGACGAUAUCACACAAGAGCAUCACGAAGAGGAUCUGCGUGAAGGAUGCACAUCUGUCGGUGGCGUCGGGUUCGAGGCGCGAACGUAGACCGGCACCGGCGCCGGCGAAUGUCGACGUUCGAAUGAUCGACUUUGCGCACACGUCGUUUGCCACGAAGAACGACGCUAGUAGUACGAGUACUGCUACAGUUCACCAAGGCCCUGACGGCGGUUUUCUAACUGGUUUAGACAGCUUAAAGCGAUUACUGUCGCAGAUACUGGCCGAGGGUUAGGCGGUUGGUUAACGUCCUCGAAUCAAAUGAUUGUGAUGCUGCCAUUGUAUAUACAUAAACAAAUUUACUUUUAAUUAUUACACCAUUAUAUUAAAUUAUGACAAAAGUUUAUUUUGAUAUAAUUUUAUUAAUUUGUUUUUAUUUGUAAUGUGAAAAAUGUGUAGAUAGCUUUUAAUUAUAUUAAGUAUUUGUUUAUUUGUAACAGUAUUCUUGUACAAAUGUAGCAAACUAAUGUUACAAACGGAAAAACCUAUUUUCUUAUUCCUUAUAGAAAAUUCUUUAUUUGAAAUCUGUGAUUUUGUUUGUUUAGUAUAGUUUUUUAUUGAGCAUUUUGAGUAAACGUUCAUGUAUGAAAGAGUAAUUUCUAGACAUUCCAGUAUUUCAAAUUUAUAUUGAAUUUUAUUGACAAGCUUUUUUAUUCAUGUGCAAUAGCAGUUUUCAUUGAAUAUGGGAAGUUAAACAAAAUUUGAACAAGGGGCAAAUUUUACUCCAGUCACAUUUGUAUACUGAUAUAUUUGUAUGUGACAUUUGUCUUGCCUCCAUACUUUAUUACAUUGUAUUUGGUACGGUUUUUUGAAGCGACAGCUUCAGACAUUUUAACAUUUGUUGCAUGUUUCACCUACUUUUGAAUGUGAAUGGCAAAUUGUUAAUGAUUUUUAACUUGUUGAAAUCAUAUUAUACGAACUUUUGUACAGUUCUCUUUAUAUGCUUAGAGUUCUAUUUAGAUCGAAUAAUAAACAAGGCAGAAAUCUUUAUAAUGUUUUUUCCGUGAUUUAAGGAAAUUAGUAUCGAAACGGGUCAACGCCGUAAAACUGUAAAUUGCUUUAUCUGUAGUAUAAAGUAUGAUUCCGCUUGUAAAUAGUAAAUUGUUUUAUUUUUUCUACAACGUUGAAAGAUUGUCAUUUUAUUUAUUGACGUACGAGAAAUAUGCCAAACCGUUUAUUCCCAAAGUGGGACCAUUGGAAUCUCGAAUUGUAAUACUUAAGGUUUACUUAUUGGACAUGUUUAGGAAUUUGAUUGAUUUGUGUUUCCUGUUCAAACCUGUACCUAUAUUAUUAAAAAGUUAAAUUAA